ACCGAAUUGAAAAGUUGCAAAACAAAAAGAAUUUGAUUUGAAGCGAAUUUCAAUCAAUUCGUUAUUGCUCUCAGAGUGGUACAACGAAAAUGUUCUCACAUGCGUUGGCUGUGUUCGUGGGGUGUCUGGCAGCCGUCUCCUCGAGGGAGACGAUCCGACCGAUGCCCACUAUAACCAGCUCCCUCGUGAAUCUCGGAAAAAUGGAUAUCUCAUUCUAUUUCAACGGUAACGAUCCGUCUCACCGUACGCCAGAUCGCGGGCAAGUGACCCCGGCAGCCCCUGCACCUAUCCUCCCAAAAACUGAAUACUUCAUUGAGGAACCCUGUCCUUGCUCCAGCAUGCGAAACGCCAAAGAGUCUUUCUUAACUAAUCCAAGUGGUCUUAUUAACAAAAUUCUCUCGAAAAACGAUCUGUUCUCGUUCAACAAAGAUCCAUUAUCUUCUACGUUAUGCUGUGAAUCUCACGAGCAUAUAACUCAAGAAGGAACUGUCAUCUUAGAGUUUCCUGCCAACCAGAAGCCUAUGAAACCAGUUCCAGUGUCAAGGUCCUCAAAUCCUUUACCCAUGAUGCCCUUUCUUUUCGACAGUAUAAUCCCAAACAAGUCCAUGUUGCCUCCUCUGAAAACUAAAGCAAUUGAAAUCUUCUUGUUCCCUAAGAAGAAAGAUUUGUCUAAUGUUAUAAAUACCUUCGAUAUGGCAAACUUCCCUAAGAAGAAGGAGACCGUGUCCAAGGAAGGUAUCACAGUGGUUGGUGAUAAAAAACUAGAGAACAAUAUUGACUUAUUCACACCACCACCACCACCACCACCAGUGAAGAAGGACUUGAGCGCCCAAGAGAUGACUACUAAGGUAGUGGAGCCAACUGAUGACGCUGAGAAGAUAAUAAUAGAGCCUGCUAACAAGCCUAAUACAGUGUAAAUGAGAAUGUAGUAAAUAAAAAAGAACGAGAAUUUA